AUGGUACGAAAAGGCCUCUUAACCCAGUACACUGCCUCUGACGGUGGGGAGGACAGGAACCUCCUGGGAAAGGCCUGGAGUGUGGAACUUUGCAAGUUUGGGCACAAGGGGUUAAUGCCGGACCAGGGCCUCGGCCUGGACAUCACGGAGUUGGGAGAUUUGCUGCUCGACUGUGAGCAGAAUUACUCUGCCUACUACAUCCCCGACGACUUUCCUGAAGCAUGCCGCAGCAGUUACUGCUCCGUCUUCGGCGACCACAUCCCAGCAUUCACGAUGGCAUCGGGCAUCCUCGGCUUGUUAAGCAACGUGGCCCUCGGCACCGCCCUGGCCAAGUCCCCCCACCUUUGGGAUCAACAUCGCCCCGGCAAAACCAUCCUCUCCUUAAUGACAGUGGCCGCUGGCAUCUUUGCGGCCAUCUUGCUGGUUUUUGCAGCAGGCUGGGGGUCGGGAGACGUCCCCUGCAAGGCGGCUCGCGCGAUGCAGUACGGGAGUCUCUUUGCUCAGGGGCUCCUGGUAGCCGGGAGCUCAUGUCUGCUCUGGGGUCUCCACGGCAACCUGUUGCCUGCGGCGUUUUGGGCAGUGGGGUUCCUGCUAUCAGUACCCACUGCCGUGAUCAGUGGUUCAGGCGAUGGUACCUGGGCCAUUUGCAUCCUGAGCCCACAACUCGAGCUGUACCCGUGGUACAUCGCCCACACCAUCCUCUGCGUGGCUGACUUUCUUCUCCUCCCCAUGCUGAUGGGCUUGGCUAAGGUGGCUUCCAAGUGGCACAAAGGCAACUGCGACCUCCGGGUUGGCCUGACCUGGCUUUUUUACCUCUUCUGGGCGCCGUACGGAGUGGCCAUGAUUUUGAAGACUCUGGUUCAGGAAGAGCUGCUGCGCCCGAGCUGCCCUUUCCAGGAAGCUCUCGACCACUUCCUGGGGCUGUCAGAGGGGCUGGGCAUGCUCCAUUGCGUCCUGUGCCCUCUGUUCGUCUUGGGGGCAGCCGUUCAUCGCCAAAAAAGUGCUCGAGCAGGAAGUUGCUAA